CUACCGCAUAGUAUCUACUCUCGUGCCUUCAUUUCGGUGCAGCCUACAUGUUCGGGCGGCUCAAACUUGCAGCCACGCUACCCGAGCGCCUCCUGUCCUGUCACGCGGCGUCCUCGGCUCGCCGCUCACCCCACCCUCUCCUCCGGUCCGGCCACUUCUCACCGCCUCUUGCCGGACGCCCAAAAAAAUCGAAGCCGAAGGAGCCGCUCCCAUGGCCGCUGCCCUCUGCCCGCGCCUGCGCGGCUUCAUGGCCUCCUCUCGCCCGCUCCUGGCCUUGCGCCCCGUAGCGCUGCGCCUACCCAUGCGCCGCGCCGUCCCGGCCAUGCCCCUCGCCGCCCGCGCACGCCGCGGCUUAGGUUCCUCCACCGCCAACGCCCAGCUCGACGAAGACUUCGCCACGGCUUCUGACCUCCGGUUCGAAUCGCCACUCGAGGUAGUCAAAUACCCCGAUCCCGUCCUGCGCGCGCGCAACAAACGCAUCAACACGUUCGAUGACAACCUCCGCGCCCUGGCCGAUGAGAUGUUCGACGUUAUGUACAAGACCGAUGGCAUUGGUCUCUCAGCACCACAAGUUGGAGUCAAUGUGCAGCUUAUGGUAUUCAAUCCUGCUGGGGUGAAGGGGGAAGGAGAGGAGAUUGUUCUUGUCAACCCAGUGAUAUACAAGUCCGCCAAACGAUUGCUUGUGUUUGAAGAAGGGUGCUUAUCGUUUCCUGGAAUAUAUGGCAAUGUGGUGAGACCAGAAAGUGUGAAAAUUGAAGCUCAAGAUGUUACAGGGGCAAAGAUCAAAGUAAAAUUAUCUGGUAUACAUGCAAGAGUUUUCCAGCAUGAGUUUGAUCAUUUGCUGGGGAUUCUUUUCUUUGAUAGAAUGACAAUUGAUGUUCUUGAAACCGUACGUGAGGAACUGAAGAACCUAGAGAAGAAAUAUGAGGAAAUAACAGGACUAGCUAGUCCUGAAACUGUUGAGAACUGCAAGGGUGCAAAAGAUGUAUUUAGUCUUCCAAGAUGAUGGCUGUGACAGACUCGGGAAAUUUUGCGAAUACUGGAACACAUUGUCCAGCUGAGCAUUACACUGAAGAGUUUCUGGGACAGCUGAUUAUACCAGUACCACACACAAUACUUGUGGUGUUGGCAGUCUUACUAUGUCUAAUUUCUUGCAAUUUAAUGGAACUAGAGAUAACAAAUUUAUUAGUUACAACUGAGGUUUUAUGUUUGAUGUGUACAUCUAUAAUAUUUUAUCCUCAUAUUCGUGACUCUUAGGAUAAGGAGAUAUUGUACUGCCUGUUUUCUCCUUUUCAAAAAAUUUUGUGUGUUCUUUGUCUCAGUCUUAAUAAACGUACCACUGAGACACAAAAUUUCUAACAAAGUAACAAUGAGAUAAAUCUGUAGCUGGCCCUUACAACAUGCAAAUGCAUCAUGUUUCAGUGACAGGAUUAGUUAGGCUGCAUCUUUUAUUGGGUAAAUCACCCCCUCCCUGGGAUCAAAAUAUAAAGAUUUAUCACCUGUUUGAUUUAUGGGACGCAAACAGUGGGUGAUGUUCUUUGUCAAAUUGGCAUUGCUAGUAUCCCCAAAUCAGAGUUAAUGGAUGUGGUUUAUUUUCAUGUUCCAAUUCAUGGUGAGAGCUUGCAUUUUUGUACUUGAUCAGUUUUUUGUUUGUAUGAUAUAACCUUCAUAUGCCACAUCGAUUUUGUUGGCUGGUCGACUGUUGGACAAGCGUGCAAUGGCAGUAUGGACUGCAGAUGACGUAGUCCACUAACAAUUGGACAUCACCAUCUUCCCAAAACUUUCGAAUUAUGGCCAUCAGUGUUUAAGUUAUAUUGAACUUCCGUGUAAGUAUGUAACAUAUGUGACCUUAGAUUAAUCAAUAGGAAGUUAGGAAGACUUCCAGUUCCAUGGCACUAGACCUACGAUUAUCUAAGGGCAUGGCAGACCGAGUGCCAAAGGCCCCCCACAUAAGUCGGAUCUGGGGAAGGGAUAAACCGAGGCAAGCUUUCCCUUCGCUAAUGCAGAGAGGCUGCUUUGAAACCGCAAACUGCUGACUUAGUGAGAUAUCUCUCACCACUGUACCAGCCUACCAGGUCUACCCUUCUACCUACGAUUAUGUAAGUUUUAAAUAUUGAUUGAUGGAUUAGAGCUUCAAGAAUUUUGGCAACCAGUGUGAGUGGAGACAAUAAGAUGAAUGGUAGAGGGAAAAUUCUUGACCAAUUCAUACUUUUUCUUGAUAAUAGACAGCUGGCGACACAUAGGUAUACUAUGUUUAGUUGAAAAAAUUAAGAAAGGCACAGAAAAAAAGAUAUGCUAUGUUUUAUCUUUUUCUAACUGGUACAAUAUCUUUCACAAUUCUAAAUCUUGCUUUCAGUUUCCUUCUUCCUCAUAAUGUGUUAACGAAUAUGAAGUUAGUAACCGAUUGCAGGACCUUACAUAUUUACUAUUUUUAUGCUGCUUUGUUUUAUUAUUUAGCUGAGGUUCUAGAAAACAAAGCAAAAAAAAAAUAUGCAUAUGGAUGUUGUUUACAUUGGAAUUGAUUUCUAAAUAUCAUGUUCUUUUGAUUAGUUAUUUCCUCUUUCUGCAUAUUUACAGAACAUUUUUAUUGCCAUUUUUCAUAAUUAUUUCAGCUAAACACAUCAAUAGCCCCUUUCCUAAGUGUUAUCUCUAUGGUAAUCAUAUUCGUGCAGUGCAAUAUGUCAUAUUUGUUAACUAGAAACUGACUAUUAUGCUUACUCAUUUUUCUAAACAUUGUCUAGUUUUUCCGAGCAAUCAUUUUCUUUCCGUAUUUGAUCCAAGAGAUCUUACCCUUAGACAUUGACUUCUAAUUAUUAAUCUCAUUCUUCAGGAUUAGCUAUCAUUAUAGUUGUAAAUGUACGCCCAUGUUGUUUAUCAAUUUAUAGUUGGACCCUUUGCCAUAGCCCUGUUUACACUUAUUUAAAUAAACAAUUGUCAUUAUGUUUACUCAUUUUUGGAGAACUCAAGUACAUACUGUUGCUGUAUGACCAUUUCAAAUGAAUAUAUUUAUGUUUACUUUGAUGAAAAAAGCUACAAUGUUGUAAUAAGAUGACCUCAAAAUAACUGUAUAUGUGCUCAUCAGCAAGCAAUGGUGCAAAUGGGGUCGCAUCUAUCACAACGACCACUCAUGGAUAAGCACCAAUCAACAAACAAAGGCACUUUGAGUGUUUCAGCAUAUGUCAUCAUAUGACUGUAAGUUAUUGCCAGCAGGUUUUCCAAUCUGCAAGCAAGCUAUAGGAGGGACAGUUGGAGUGUAGAGCUCCCCAAAAGCUUGCCAGCAGAAUGGGUUAUUCAGGUGGUAGUGGGGUACUUGCACUGGUCUGAGUUGCACACCGGUAAGAGAGAUUCCUGAACAAGGUAAGCUGUCACUGCAUGCAAAAUGGACAGGUUUGAUUGUAAAUGUUCCUCUGAUAUUCUCAUAUUGAACCCCUGAUACUGCCACUGCUGAUGUUUGAUUUCUGCAAGUGCUUCUGUCACAAUAAAACUGAUCUAUGAUGAUGGGUGUUUGAACCUCUGAGACUUGUAUAUUUGAGAACCUUAUGUCUUGAACCAAUCCUACACCACCCUGCGAGAAAUGAGAGUUCACUUUGUUUAGACACUAGGAAUUGUUUUGGGUGACAUCAUUUUUCUUCUUUGAACUUUUCAAGGUUAUUGCUUGUAUAGAUAGCAAACGAUGACAUGUACGUUUUCUUUCCUUUUUCAGAUUUUCUUUUGUGACAUUAUUAACUAUUAUGUACUAAUGCCGGAUGUUGAAUUAGAAUUAGAAUUUUAUUUGUACUUAUGUUCUCAAGCUUACCUGCCAGGUCUUGAUUCUGACACCAUUCAUGGUUCUGAACAUGUUGACAUCUCUUACUGUAACAUUUGAUACGCAUGCUUUUGUGUUGUCUCGGCCUAGUCCACCUAUGCUGAUUCCAUGGCCUGGUCCACAAUUCACGUUAUGUAUAUUUAUGUUGCUGCAUCCUGUCUGGAUGGAGAUGCAAUCGUCACCUGCAUCGAAUAGGACAAAACGAUGUUAUGAUACUCCACAGCAGUUUUUCAGUGUAGUCUUAACUCUGAAACAUGUCCUUUGAAGUGCAGAGUAUACAUGCGUAACAGAACUGAGAUGCAGGCUUUUGGUUGACCCUACAUAUUUAUUUGUAAUUUUUUGUGUGGAUAAUGUCUUAUUUAUUUGGUGUUCUUUAUGGAAAUGGGUCUUUGUUGUAAAGCUUUGCGAAACAAACUUUUGAGCUAAUAGUUAGUGUUUGAAUGCACUAGAAAUAAUAGUUAGUUGGUUAAAAAUUGUUAGUGGAAUUAUCUAGCUAACAAUUAACUACCCAACUAUUAACCAAUUUACCAAAAAUAGCUAAUAGUUGAAUUAUUAGCUAUGAUGUUUGGAUGUCUCAACUAAUUUUAGCCACUAAAUAUUAGCUCUAGUGCAUUCAAACACCCCCUUAGACAUACAGUAAGGAUUAAGGAAUUACCACAAGCCAGGUUUGUAUGAUGAAUGCUGACAUCUUUGGAGUUCUGCAGGUGUAUUCCGUCAGUGUUGAGACUGUUCUCAGGGGAGGAUAUAGUCAAGUCAUGGACCAUCACUCCUUGACAGUUGUCAAACUUAAGAUGACACUGUGAGCUGUUGACAAUAGUGAUACCAGCCACUACAACGUUGAAACUACCAUAAAACCUCAAUGCCUGCAUCAGGUUUAAUCUGUGGCAUUCUUUCAAACUCCACAUCGUACUGCAGGAAAGCAUCCAAAAAACGUCUUGUAAGAGCUGUGGAAAGGGUUCUGCAUUAUGUGUAUUCUGACUUGCUUGGUGUACUUUGUUCUCUUCCAUGGCUUAAAAAAUAAAAAAUAAACUUGGCCAGGCUGGUGUGUCUAUGCCGCUAUAUGCCACAAUCAUGUGAGACGGAAAGAACAAGACAAAGCAGGGAACAGAUCGAAACAAAUGCAAAUAAGACUGCAGAAACGUAUGGUGCCCGUGACAACUUUUCGGGCUUUCUACUGCAAAUCAUGUGAGAAAGUGAGAGUAAAACUGGUAUGGUCAUAGGCACCUUCAAACGCUCACUAUCAUAAGCUGUGGUGGUUCUGGCAAAUGAAUUCAUGGUGCAUUCCAGUUUCUAAGAAUUCUGGAGAGAGAGAGAGAGAGAAAAAUACGCAUGGCCAAUUGGAAUCUCAAGAUGUCAUUGGGACGACAGGUCCCCUGGAUGGAUGUGAUUGACAUCACUGAGUUCUCAUGCAAGUCAUGUAAAGAUCAGUUUGAAACAGAGCAUGUGAAGCCCAAACCCACAAAAGGGAUUGCAAUUUGAGAUUUCUGGCUCAAAGAAUGCAUGAUGCUUGACGAUUUUAUAA